AGGCCAACCCAAAACUUCAUCUCUCUCCAUUUCCCUAUCUCCCAUUCUUAUCUUCAUCUUCUCCACAACUUUCAUAGCCAUUUUCAAGAUUUCUUUUUUUUUUCUUCUUUUUUUUUAAUUAUUACUAUAAUUAAUAAUUAUGGGCAGCUUAGAGGCAGAGAGACAAACAGUGGGGUGGGCAGCAAGAGACCCAUCUGGGAUUCUCUCCCCAUACACCUACAAUCUCAGGAAAACAGGGCCUGAAGAUGUUUACAUAAAGGUUUUGUGCUGUGGCCUCUGCCAUAGUGAUCUUCAUCAGGUCAAGAAUGACUUGGGCAUGUCCAAUUAUCCCAUGGUCCCUGGGCACGAGGUGGUUGGGGAGGUGGUGGAAGUGGGCCCCGACGUCGGGAAGUUCAGAGCCGGGGACAACGUCGGGGUGGGGCUGAUCGUCGGGUGCUGCCGGGAGUGCCGCCCCUGCAAGCAGGGGAUUGAACAGUACUGCAACAAGAAGAUAUGGAACUGCAAUGACGUCUACACUGAUGGCAAGCCCACCCAGGGCGGCUUCUCUUCCCACAUUGUUGUUGAUCAAAAGUUUGUGGUGAAGAUACCGGAGGGACUGGCGUUAGAACAGGCGGCGCCGCUUCUGUGCGCGGGAGUGACGGUGUACAGCCCAUUAAACCACUUUGGGCUGAAACAGAGCGGGUUGAGGGGAGGAAUAUUGGGCCUGGGAGGGGUGGGCCACAUGGGCGUGAAGAUAGCGAAAGCAAUGGGCCACCACGUGACCGUGAUCAGCUCGUCGGAGAGGAAGAAAGAGGAGGCGCUGAACCACCUCGGUGCCGACGGUUACUUGGUGAGCUCAGACGCGGCGGGAAUGGAAGCGGCCGCCGACACGCUCGACUACAUCAUUGACACUGUUCCGGUGGGCCACCCUCUCGAGCCCUACCUCUCUUUGCUCAAGGUGGAUGGGAAGCUCAUUUUGAUGGGCGUGAUCAACACCCCUCUACAAUUCAUUUCCCCUAUGGUCAUGCUCGGGAGGAAGACCAUCACGGGAAGCUUUAUAGGAAGUGUGGAAGAGACGCAAGAAGUUCUCGAGUUCUGCAAGGAAAAGGGUCUGAGCUCCCAAAUCGAGGUGGUGAAGAUGGAUUACAUCAACACGGCGAUGGAAAGGCUGGAGAAAAACGACGUUCGGUACAGAUUCGUGGUCGACGUUGCGGGAAGCAAACUCGACGGCAUUUAGAUGCCAAACACAACAUUAUUAUGCAUAUUUCUUUCAUAUAUAUAUGUAGAUGGUCAUAGUGUGUGGCUUUGUUUGUGUCCAUUUGUUAUCCUUCUUUGUUUCACAAAUAUAUUUUUAGUCAAAAAGAGAUUUUUUUUUUGGGUUUGUCCAAAUAAAAGUUAAAACUGAUAUUUUGUCUAAGGAUUAUGCUAUGUGUACCCCAAGAUUUGUACCCCGCAGUUUUGCACCAAUAUUUUGUGUCGGUGUAAAACUAAUUUUUGUUAAACGCACCAAUAUUUGUGUCCGUCUGAAUUUUUAUUAACGCACCAACACUUGUGUCGGUGUAAAUCAUCGAAAUGUUUGUGCAAACCUGUGGUGUACAAAUGGAAUAUAUUUGUUGGUGUAAG